UGUGUCUGUGCGGACUUCCGGUCUCUGUUGCCACACGGAAGGUUCCGGGUUGGGCGGAUUCUGGUGUGAUGUCAUCACUUCUAAGGUGAUUACCAACCACCUGCAGACCCUGAGCCCUCACAACAACAACGUUCACCCCAGACCCCCUCCCAAUACAACAUCAUAGUCCAGAACCCCCCCCCCCACUUGAGACAACGACCCCCCGCCCACCAUGGAGCUGUCCCGAAACGUGGCCCUCCCACCCAUACGCCCCCUGGCAGACUUUGUUGGUUCCGAGGCGCGGUUCGCUGUGCCAGACUAUAAGGACCCUGUGCGGUGGAACAACCGGAUUGUCAACAACCUGCUGUAUUACCAGACCAACUACAUCGCCGUGGCAGCUGGUAUCUUCAUCCUGGCGGGGCUGAUGAACCCCCUGGCCAUGCUGGUUGGCACGAUGCUGGUCACUGUGGUUUUUGCUGCGUUCAUCACGCUGACAGAGAACCAGCGCCAGCUGCAGCGGUUUAAGAAGGACCACCCAACGGUGUGUGUGGCCGGUCUCCUCGCCGCCUGCUACUUCAUCAUGCGCAUGUUCCAGCUGCUGCUCGUCUUUGUCUUCGGCAUCACCCUGCCUCUGCUAGUUGUCCUAGUGCACGCCUCAAUGCGAAUGCGGAACCUGAAGAACAAGCUGAGUAACAAGGUGGAGUCUAUCGGCAUCAAGCGCACGCCCAUGGGAAUCCUGCUGGAGGCUCUUGGGCAGGAACAGGAGGCCGGGUCCUGAGCACCAGUAUGACCUAGCAGAACCUGUCAGUACUGCAGCUACUAGUGAACAGUAAAGUUUGGCACAAUAUCAUUAUAUUUCAAUGAAAGGUCAUCAUGCAUAUGGUACUACUAGAUACGUAUAUUAAGUUUUAGGAAGAGAAGUUUCUUCGUAAAUUGCGCGACCGUCUUUCCCACCAACAUGCACUGAUCUUAGUGAAAUGAGUGGGUCACUAUUUCAGGUCGGUGCAUGUCAGAGGCAAGUGGGUUAGAUACCUGAAUUCUGGUGGAUACGGCUGAAACUUAAACUGAACUUUUGUUACGGUGUUGGAUUAGGUUCAAAACAUUUAAUUAUGGCAGAAUCUGUGCUGUUAUGGGGAAAAAGUAAAACAAACAUCUUUAGCUGCUUGCUUUAACAGAUAAUUCUAGUUACUCAAUUUUGUCCCAUAAAAAUGUCAAACUACUCAUUUUCAGAAGAGAAUAAAAUAAAUAAACAUCAUUAGCUGCUUUUACAGAUCAUGAUUCAAAUUUGUCUUGCCAAGAAAAAUCCAGAAUUCUCCUUUUGGAUAAUCAAGAUGUGACAAAUUAAACCACUAGAUAUCAAUGUCUUAGAAUCAAUAAUGAUUGUGCUUCCAAAUACAUGUAUCUAUUUGCUCUGCCCAUCUGUAAGGCAUGUAUGUGUAGUUAGUGCAAAAGUUGCUGCAUUAUGUGACAAAUUUAGCCCUGCUCAACCCCAAAUGUCUGUUUGUGUCUUAUGUGUUUUGUUGUAAAUUAGUUGUUGAGACCUUACAUAUAUGUAUAUCCAUUGUU